AUGAACGACGACGCUCCUGUCCGACAUAUCUUUCAUGAAGGCGAACACGCUCUCAUCAUUGACCGGCGGGGGCGUCGUUAUCUGGCUCUUCUGCAGGCAGGCUCGAAGUUCGAGUCGCAUCUCGGCGCAUUCCUGCAUGAUGACGUUAUCGGCAGCGACAGCGGUUCGUGGAUGACUACGAAUCGAGGCCAUGUGCUGCUCGCAGUCAAGCCCACUAUGGCUGACUUCGUGCUGGACAUGCCCCGAAUUGCCACUGUCGGCUACCCGAAAGACCUAGGCACCAUUCUCGUAUAUGGCGACAUCUUCCCCGGUGCGCGUGUGCUGGAGGCGGGCUCUGGGAGCGGUGCAAUGACUAUGGCGCUGCUUCGAGCCGUCGGCGAGCGCGGUUCGCUGGUCUCGUAUGAUGUGCGCCAGGACAUGAUUGACCGCACGCGCGCGAAUGUGAGCGCGAUGCUCUCCAACACCUCCAACCUCACGCUGAAGCUGGGCGACGUGUACGAAGGCUUUGAGGAACGAGAACUGGACCGCGUUGUGCUAGACCUGCCGGAGCCUUGGCAUGUCGUCCCGCACGCUUCAGAAGCACUUCUCCCCGGCGGAAUCUUCGUGAGCUUCUCACCUACCGUCCUGCAAGUUCACGAAGUUGUAAGAACGUUGCGGUCAAUGCACACCUUCGAGAUGCUGGAAACUAUGGAAGUUCUGCAGCGCCCCUGGAAUGUGAGCAAUCGCAGCGUCAGACCGGAGCAUCGGAUGGUCGCACACACUGGCUUCAUCACGAUAGGCCGAAAGUGUUCGCCACGUCCGGCGUCCAACGUUGCUGAGCGAAAUUAG